UAAUGGUAAUCCAAGAUGCAUCUAAGCAAGUUUGUUCAAGUGCUAUUAAAUGGGCAAUUCAUGGCUUACUUCUCAAGCCUGGAGAUAUGAUUGUCCUCCUUGGGGUUCUUCAUCAGGUUACUGAUCCUACUAAACCUGAAUCUGUCAAGGGGACAAGGAAGCUUUUAGGGUAUAGGAAGAAAGUGGAUUCCAGUUCAAAGGUUGCAGCAAAUCACAGAAUUGUUGAUAAGGAAGCAGCAAGGAAGGAGUUUGAGAAUAAUGCUGAAAUAUUGGAAAUUUCCAAGGUCUGCAAAGCUGAAAAAGUUGAGUUCAGGGUAGAAGUAACAUCAGGAACAUCACCAGCACUUGUGGCUAUGCAAUCAGCACAAAAUAUGAAGCCAACAUGGGUAAUUCUAGACAGGAAGAUGAAGAAAAACAAGAAAAUCUUUAUGGAAAAGCUUUCGUGUGGUGUAUCGAGGAUGAAGAAAAACAAUGGCAUCAAGCUAUUACGAGGACCAACAACAAAGUUUUGUGCAACUUAUAAUGAUAUGAUGCCAGGGUUCCUAGAUGAAGAUGAUCUCUUCAGCAUUGAACUUUUCCCAACAGGUGGAUCGGAUGCUAAUAAAGUAAGUCAAAACCAGAGACUUGUAAAUACCAGCAGUUCUUCAAACACAAGGUUGCAAGCCGAAGAAACCCUUGAAAAUCCAGGAUGCAGCAUUUGUGAUAGAAGAAUUCAUAUCACUGAAUGGAGAAAAGAUUUCACAUAUGUUGAACUCCAUGCAGCUACAGAUGGAUUCUCAUCAAAGAACAAUCUAUCACAACGCGGUUUCGAACGUACUUUCAGAGGUCAGCUAGAAAACAAGCAGGCCAUUGUCAUUAAACCUGCGAAAAACAAUAUAUCGUUUCAAGAACCGAAGGAAUUCAAAUCAGAAAUAGAUAAACUCAUCAGAAUUCGACACAAGAACUUAGUCAUACUGUUAGGUUGCUGUGCAGAAGGAACUCAUAGGUUACUUGUUUACGAGUAUGUCUGCAAUGGUUCACUUAAUCAACAUUUAACAAGUAAGGACAACUCUGAUUCAGGCAUUUUAGCAUACACUUGGCAUCAUCGACAAUGUCGAAACUCGAAAGCUAAUAUUUUAUACAAAUUUGAAGCAGAAGGUAAACCUAUGCCAUUGAGUUGGACACAAAGGGUAAAAGUAGCAAUUGGUGCAGCCAAGGGUCUAAGCCACCUGCAUCAAAACAACAUCAUUCACAAAAAUAUAAGAUCAAGUAACAUUUUUCUAACACAUGGUUUUGAACCACUGCUUGGAGAUUUUGGGGUAGCAGAGCCGAGCUCGACGCAAAACAAGAUUCAGACAUCUAAGUAUUUACCCCCAGAAUUUCUUGAGAAUGGGACAUUGUCUACUCAGACAGAUGCAUACUCUUUUGGUAUGGUUCUACUAGAGAUACUUACAGGGAAGACGGCCAUGGACAAAGUUCUGGGACAUAAAGAUUUUUUGACAUGGGCAAGAACACUGAUUAAACAAAGGAGGUAUUUAGAGCUAGUUGAUCCCAGAAUUGGCGAUUCCAUUGAUGUCUUCCAGCUUUACAGGAUGGCUCAACUGGCAGAAAAAUGUAUAAGCAAAAAUCCCAAGAAAAGAUUAACCAUGGAUAAGGUGGUUUCAAAUCUUGAAUACAUUACAGGAAGCAAGGCAAGUAGUUUAGAUGAGGACCAUUCUCCAUUAAAAUCAAAAUUUACUCACAAUUGUGUGAAGACAAUGGAACAUGAAAACUGCUAUGAAUACGAAGAUGAAGAUGUAACGAGUGGGAUGAAGAACACAUCUUUCUCCGCAAACCUUUGGAGAUGCAGAAGUUUUGGCAUUUCUUCUUCAGCUGAAGUGAAAAGCUAUAAAUUUAAGAGGGCAAUGACAACAGGAAGCUCGAGUCAAGUGAAUUAUGGAGAAAUGCUCAAUUGAAUCAUUCACACCACU